UAACUUGCAGGGUUUGAAUGGAAAUGUGGCAAUCGAGGCAAUCAAACCAACCAGCAUGUUCUUCAAGCCAACCGAGUACAGAAAACAAAUAAAGCUAGGGACAAGGUGUAUGAUACCUAGCGCGAUUAAGACGCUAAAAAAUCUGAAACCCAAGCUGUCUAACGCGGAGAUGAGCUGGUUCACGGAGCAUCCUCAAUUCAGACACAUUUUCCACAUGAAGAUAGAGACUAACCACAGGGUUCAGGGAAUGUGGAUGUUGUUGUUGCGUACUGCUGGUAUCGAGAAGCUGAGAGAAGUGUGGUUCAUUGUGAAUGGGGUUCCAAUCCGUUACGGGCUGAGGGAACAUGGUUUGAUAUCUGGGCUAUUCUGCCAGAACUAUCCUCUCGGCUACAAAGAGCUUGGUGGGACGAGGUUCGUUGAUCGUCAUUUCAAGGAAGGAGAACCGAGAAGGUUAGAGGAUGUUAAGAAGAAGCUGGUGAACAUGGGAUCCCACAAAGACAGACUGAAGAUGGCUGUUCUAUUCUUCUUAGCUUCGGUUGUUUGUGCGCAAACGAAGGUUGGACACAAGCCUAAUGAUGUAUUGGAGGUGUUCCAGAGAGCAGUGGAUGAUCUUGAGUACUGCAAGUCCUUUCCGUGGGGGAGAUUUUCCUAUGAUUACAUGCUGAAGGAGAUCUCUCACACAAUGAAGCAUUUUGGAGGGGUGGUGAAAGAGAAAACAUUAUGGCCGCUACCAGGUUUCUGUGUUCCAUUAGAGCUUCUUGCAUUCGAGGCAAUUCCGAAGCUAGGAAUAGCGUUCAGAGAGACUGUGGUUGGAGCUGGUCGCGACUGUUCGAGGAUGUGCAAGUCCUACUUUAAACGAAAUGGAAUGACAGGGGUGUCACUUUUUGUGAUAAACAAGGAACUGGGUAACACAACUGUAAGUCUUCCUGUGAACUGUGGUAGAACUAGGGUAGGAAUAAAGUGAAACUGUGGUAGAAGUAAGGUAGUACUAGAAAGGGAACUAGGGUAGGAAUAAAGGGAAACUGUGGUAGAAGUAAGGUAGUACUUAUUUUCUUUUUAGACAUUAGAAAUUGCUAAGUUUUAAAAUUAUUUAUGUGUGUGACAGGAUAUUGACAGCAUCAUCCCCACCAAAACUUCACGAGAAGAUAGCCUUUUGGAUGAGAUUAUGGAAGAUGAAGACGAUGUUGAUCAAUCUGAUAUAGCUGUGGACAGUUGGGAGAAGUGUCUGGAUGCAGGGCAGAAGGUUUUUUUUAAAGACAUGUUCGACGAAGAUGUAGCUGGGCGUGAAAAACAGCGAGAACCAAUUGAAGAUGCAACAGGGGAUGGAGUACAGGUAGGUGAGCAGUCGAUUCAGCUGGGAGAUGUUAUGAAUAUGCUGAAAAAAACAAUGAAACUGAUGAGGAAAAUUGACAAGAAAGUUGACCAGCUGGAUGGGAGAUUGGCCCCACUUGAGGAGUUUGUCAAGGAAGCACAAGGCAAAGUAGUAGAGGUUGAAGAAGCAGAAUCACAAGGGAAAGACAAAAGAAAGAAAACCCAGAAGUCUGUGGGGAAAGGCAAAAAACAGAAAACCAAGUGAAGUCGAGUGGAGUUGAGUGAAACAAAGUCUCUGGAUGUUUUAUGUUAAAUCGUUUUUUUUGUUAAAGACAAACGAAGUCUGAAUGUUUAUCUUGAUUGUGAUGUGGAUUUACAACUUUAACUAUGUUAUGACUAAGUUGUUAUGUUAUAUUAGUGUUGUAAUAUUGUUAUUAGAUUUGUCUCGUUUUAGGUGAAUGAUAAUUAUAUGACAUAUUACCAAUUGAACUGAAAUCCACUAAGCCAACACUCAAGACAAACAAAGUUCUUAACAUAACCACAUAAUAAGUCUAACAUUAGAUAAGAUUCAAAGACUUAACAGAACAAACCUAGUAGUACUUAUACAAGUCUUAACAGAACAAAAAAAAGACUUGUAACCGAAACUGGAAAUAGAUAGGGAAUACAAAGCAAAGUUCUUAUUUUUAGCACAUCCAUAUUAAGAACUUGAGAUUUGAGAAUCUCAUGGACGAGAGGUAGAGGUAAUAAUCCUCUUAAGCUUAGCAAUCUCUUCAGCCAUAUCAUUCACCUCCAUCCUUAGGCGCCUCAUUUCAUCCUCAACACCAAAAGCCCAUGGCUGACGAAAGUGCAUCCCAUCGUCCUACACAGUUUCACGCAUAGUAUAACUCAGUUUUACCCAGAGUAUAACUAGGUUUCACUUAGUAGGAUUAAACAGUUUUACCCAGAGUAUAACUAGGUUUCACUCAGUAGGAUUAACACAGUUUUACCCAGAGUAUAACUAGGUUUCACUCAGUAUUAACACAGUUUUACCCAGUAUAACUAGGUUUCACUCAGUAGUUCACUAAGUUAAUUUGUCUUAUCCAGAGUAUAACUAAGUUUAACUUAGUUCUACAAAGAAGGAAAUUAUCUCAUAAUUCUUGCAGGUGAAGUACCUACUCCCAGGCAAGGUAUCGAAAUCGUGGCGAUACUUAGGAUUUGGAGAAACAUCUGUCUUGAUUUCACCGCCACAUGGACAACGGGUAGGAAUUCCAUACUGGGCAUCGCAAAUGUAGCCUAACAUGUCGUAGUGUUUCUUGUGUUUCUUCAUGUCCUUCAUCUCUUGGUACGGGUGAGUCAUCGUCAGUAGAGGGAAUUUUGAAAUAGAUAAGAUGAGGGAGGGAAGAGUGUGAGGAGUGUGAGGAGGAGGAGGAGUGGAGUAGAUAAGAUGAGGGAGGGAGGUCGGUAGAUAUCAACGAGAUGAGAAGAGAGUAAAGAGAGAGAGGAGAGGAUUUGUCUCAGAGGAGAGAGAGAGAGAGAAAUAAUUGACUAAAGUGAGACAGAGCACAGUAGACGAGACGAGACGGAGAGCAGAGAGGGAGUCUACUUUUUGACCGAAAUAAUUGAGAUUUUUGGAAUAUUAUCGAUUAGGCGCGAAAAUUUUUUUAGUUUCCCCCCCCCCCCCAAAAUAUUUGCUCAUAGUUAUACUGAAGUUUCAGGUGUUACCAAAUUUCUUCAUAGUUCUAUUUUUCGUGAUUUCAACAUUUUUUAGUUUUACGUAUAAUUUAAAUUGGUUAAGAAGGUUUUACUUGUUAUUUUCCCUCAUUACCAUUCAAGUUUAACUUAUAAUUGCAAGAAUAUUUUCGAAAGCACGAGAAUUGUAGAAUAGUCCUUUGUAAGCUACUCUUAUUAAGAAAAUGAAUUUGGAAAGACUAUACAAUGCAUAAUAGAAAAUGUGAUGACGAUGAAUUAGUUUAGGUUUUUUCACUAAUAUAAUUUCAGGAGGAGUUUCUGUUGAUGAAUUAGGGGAGUAGUGAAGUGAAUGUGUUUGUGCAUUAACAAUUUUGUGUUGGAUUAGAGGGGAUGAUGUCAAGUAAAUAUCUGUUAUUUACGAUCAUAGUAACACCUUGUUUUACUAGUUUUCCGUGGUUUUCCAUAGUUGCAACAUAAGUUCGACAGUGCACAGACUUAGAAAAUACAUAGGUUCCAAUACAGGGAAACAUAAGUAAGUAAACUUAGAAUAAAACUUUCUCACACCAUUAAACAUAGAGAUUUUGAAAGUCUCUAACAAUUUCCUCUUCUUGUUGGAUCCUCUCCAAAUUAAUUGUGAGUUCUGCAAUGGUUUGGUUUAACUGCUCGAUCACCCUACUCUUCUCUUGGAUCUCAUCUCGGGCUUCAAUCAAAGCCAUUUUUUGCCAUUCUGUACCAUCCUCUACAUCAAACCAUUUGAAGUAGUUGCAUCCAUUUUUCUCCUGCCAAAAAUUCCAUUGUAAAUAAUUUCUUUAUUUUUCAAUCUUGGAUCACAAUUGCUAUCAUCAGCUGGGAUACCUUAUAACGCGGACAGCCAUAAAAUCGUCGCCCCGGGUUCUUGUCUGUCCAAGCUUGUCUUAUUUCGGCAUCUACGCGACAGAAACACAAUUUUCUUGCAGAAUUUUCCCUUCUCCUUGACGAACCCGAACCAUCUCCUUGCAUCUUCGAUAUUUUGUCCUCAGAAAGUAAGCAGAAGAGUCUCGAGAGAGAGAAGUGAGAGAAGAGAGAGAGAGAAGAUGGAGAAUUUAUAUCAUUUAUUGGAUAUAUAAACGACCAAAUUCGGGUAUAUUCAGGAACAAUUAUACUUAGUUAUACCAAGGUUCUCAGUAGUUGUCCAAACCCGAUUAAAAUUAACAACAACAACAUUCCAAGUUCAACAUACCAAAAGCAACAUAGCAAAAGCAACAUAGCAAAAGCAACAUUCCAAGAUUUAGUUUGUUUCACUUGGAGGAUUAGAACGCAUUCCAAACAACAGCCAAUUAAAACCAAAAUUUGUCCUCGCUCGCCUUACGUUUUAUGUCCUUUUACGCCGUUCUCCAACUGAUGGAUUCCUAUUAACCUUUUUCCUUCCCUUCCUUGUCAGCUUUUUCGGAGGUAUGAUCUGAAGCUCUUUGAUGUGAUCUGGUACAAUCCAUUCAGAUUUGUCCGGCACAGAAUAAAUGGUCCUGUAAUAAGCCAUUGCCCAAAGUUCUGUCCAGUAAUACUUUGAGCACAACUGAUGAUACUCUAUGUUGACCUCACGUCGACGACCAUUAGCAGCAGGAACCUCAAGGAAAUAUAAGUAACCAGCAAGUCCGUGAAGACAAGGAUACUUUUCAUAAUCAAAUACCUUGCAGCUACACGACUUCGCUAUCAAAUUCACCAAAUAAACCUUCCCAUUGUCAGUGUCGGUAACCUCGUACUCAAGAUCAUAACUAUUCAGCUCACGCACUGGCGUUUUCUCAGCUUUGCCCCAUAAGUUGUGCAAAUGGAUCUCAACCAGAGGAACCAGUUUGGUAUCAAGUGAUCCAGACACGGCGUCCUUCCGAUGUUCAUUAAACCAGUCAGAUAUUUUUUUGAUGAUUGUAUCCAACAAUGGUAUCAAGGCAUACCUCCUUGCGUCCCUAAACGCGCUAUUCAUCGACUCCACACUGUUGCUAGUGUCCAAGUUGUAUCUACAACCUGGAAAGUAGACCCUAGCCCAUGUUGCUCUGUUAGUGUUCUCCUCCAAAUACUUGCAGGCUGAAGGAUAUCUCACCUUAAAAGAUGCAUAAGCAGCCUCGAACUCAGGCACUGUGUAAUACCUAGCCAACUCCAUAAAUCUCCAUGGCACUACGGCUUUGAUGGUGUUACAAGCAUGGUUUCUCACAUUCUGAGCUAGAUGCCAUAUACAAUGGCCAUGGUGAGAUUGUGGAUACACAUUAGCUACAGCAGUGAUGAGGCUCUGAUUUCUAUCGCUCAUAAAAACUAUUUCAGAAGAGUCCGGUAUAACAGUUUUGAGCAUCUCGAAAAACCAAGUCCAACUAGCAUUAUUCUCACCGUCAAGUACCGCAAACGCGAGAGGAUAAUGGUGACGAUUAGGAUCUUGAGCUUUAGCAAAUACUAGUACCCACCAUAUCCGUUCUUCAAAAAUGUAGCAUCCACAAGAAUCACUUUCCUCAUGGCCUUAAACCCUUCAAUGCAAGCUCCUAAAGCUAUGAAAAGGUACUUGAACUUACCUGCCUCAUCCAACUUCACCUCUGUUGUUGUUCCGGAAUUAACCUGCUCUAACAUGUACAAGUAGCUAGGCAACAUCUUGUAGCUGUCUUCUGAAUUACCACGCAACUCACGCAUAGCUAGAUUUUUCCCUCUCAAGGCUGUGGAGUAAGAUACCGAUACACCCAGUCUUAACUUAAUUAAGUCUAUGAUAUCUCUCGGAACAGGAGUCAUCAGUUUUCCAGGAUAUUCCUCAUUCAAAAAAGUUGCAACUAAUUCUGCAGAUCCUUUCCUCUUGCUGUUGCAGCUAUUACUUUGAUUAGUCCGAGAGCAUGUAUGCACACCCCAGUACCUCAUAAUAGAAAAAAUUUCCGUCUCUCGAAUCCUCGCAGCUCGCAAUCCCCAUUUACAGUUUGCUUCACAACAUUUUAACACCAACCGUUUUCGAUCAGAUUUUUUAAUAACAUAACGAAAGCUGCAACCAAAUGCAGCUCUAUCCACCACCUCUUGAAGUGAUCUCUUGUUUGGAAAUUCCUGCAGAAGGUACAGACCCAUAGCAUCUCCCCAUUCCUCUAUAACUUGACUACAUUUUACUAAAGGUAGCUGCUCAACAUACAUAUUACCACUGCCAUCCAUAUUAGCUGUGGUGUCCUUCUCAGGAGCGGUUUCUGUCUCAGCUGCAGUUUCAGUCUCAGCUGCAGUUUCCGUCUCAGCUGCAGUUUCCGUCUCAGCUGCGGUUUCUGUCUCAGCUGCAGUUUCCGUCUCAGCAUCUGUUUCCAUAAAAUCAUCAUGUCUUCUUUCGUAAUCAUUCUCUACCUCUAUCUGCUUCUUCUGUUGAUCUGCCUCCCCGUUUUCUACGUACAGAAUCAAGGCUUUAGGUCCGACUUCAUCAUCAUUUCCCUGCAAUGCUUGGUAAUUCAUACCAACAGAACUUUUGCACACUCUUGACACCACCUCUAACUGAUCCGAUACACUCGUCUCCUCCACUAACAAAAGACUUCUACAGUUGUCUUUAUCAAUUGUUAUUAGGUAAACAAACAAAUCCUCAUCAUCACAAAUAGUUAGCUCUGCCUCACAUCCAACCACCAUCGGCAUGUACCUCAGCACCAGUUUUACAUUCCUUUCAUUCAACGACAACUUUUUAUACAACCUUUCUUCAAGCAUUGCCAAAGUUAUAUCAUCCACUGUUGUCUUCAUGGUUACACUAUAGACUCGAUCUUUGAAUUUGAAAUGUAUGCUCACGUGUUUCGACAUUGUAUCCUGCAAAAACAACAAA